AUGGCAAUCCUUUGGGGAAACUUGGAAGAGCUCAAAGCCGCUGCUCUGGCUAAGCAGCAGCCGUUUCCACCACACGAUUCUGCUCCGGCGGAAACAGUGGGCCUGUCAAACUUGCCAUUCUACUGUUGUAUUGCAGAAUAUGGCCAAGCAUUGGAUGAAGAUGACCUUGGAUCGGAAGAAUCCUCAGGUUACACAAGACUCUACGAUAUGUCUGGCGCUCGAAUAUUCGAGGAGUGA